GGGCGUAGACCGCGCGCGCGCCUGCCUGGGGUACCGCGGCUGCGCCUCGCCCGCGCCCGUCGCCGCCGCUAUGGACAGCGACGAGGAGACGUUGGAGGAGAUCGUGGAAGGGCAUCUAGAUGACGAUGGGCUGCCACAUGGAUUCUGUACAGUAACCUAUUCAUCGACAGACAGAUUUGAAGGAAACUUUGUGCAUGGAGAAAAGAAUGGCCGGGGCAAAUUCUUCUUUUUUGAUGGAAGCACUCUGGAGGGGUACUACGUUGAUGAUGCUCUGCAAGGCCAGGGAAUCUACACCUACGAGGAUGGAGUGGUCCUUCAUGGCACCUACGUGGAUGGAGAACUGAAUGGCCCAGCCCAGGAGUACGACAGUGAUGGGCGACUGAUAUUCAAAGGGCAGUAUAAAGACAACAUCCGACAUGGAGUCUGUUGGAUUUAUUACCUGGAUGGAGGCAGCCUUGUGGGAGAAGUGAAUGAAGAAGGGGAGAUGACUGGAGAGAAAAUAGCCUAUGUGUAUCCUGAUGGAAAGACUGCAUAUUCUGGAAGGUUUAUAGAUGGAGAAAUGAUAGAAGCAAAACUGGCAACUCUGACAGCUGUGGAGGAUGGGAAACCUCAAUUUGAAUUAGUACCAGGCAGCCCAGCAUACAGUUUUGACAAAUCUACUUCAUCCUGCAUUUCUACAAAUGCCCUUCUUCCUGAUCCUUACGAAUCAGAGAGGGUGUAUGUGGAUGUCUCUCUCAUUUCCAGUGCUGGAGAAGGAUUGUUUUCAAAAAUAGCAGCAGAAGCCAGUACAGUGAUGUCCUUCUAUAACGGAGUGCGAAUUACACACCAGGAGGUAGACAGCAGAGACUGGGCCCUCAAUGGAAAUACAAUAUCCCUCGAUGAUGAAACAGUCAUAGAUGUGCCAGAGCCAUACAACCACGCUGCCAAGUACUGUGCCUCACUGGGGCAUAAGGCCAACCAUUCCUUCACUCCUAAUUGCACCUAUGACCUGUUUGUUCAUCCUCGUUUUGGGCCCAUCAAGUGUAUCCGUACCAUCAGGGCUGUGGAGAAGGAUGAGGAAUUGACAGUGGCUUAUGGGUACGAUCACAACCCUGUGGGGCAGAAUGGGCCAGAAGCACCGGAGUGGUACCAGCUGGAACUGAAAGCUUUCCAGGCUGCUCAGCAAAAGUGACAUGGGAGCGCUUUCUCCAUUCAGCAAACUGAAACAGAAACUUGGAUCUAUGCACUACCUUUAUACUGAAAACUGGACAGCCAGGGAUUGUUCAUGCUGUUGCAUCAUAACUUUGCGUUCUGUGUUAAGAGAUAAGUUUCUUGCAUACUAACUAGGUUGACUGUGUUACUCAUAGCAGAUUUUAAAAAUAGCUAGCAUUGCACCAGUCUUAUCUGAAGAAAUUAUUUAAUAUUCUAUACAAGGUGUGGUAUUCUCUGGUAGCUUCUGCUUUUGCACCAUAUGCAAAGAUGCCAAAAGACUAGAAAGAAACUAAAAUGGGUAUAUCAUUCACUUUUAGUCGGCAGACUUAGUGUUGCUCUCUCUCUGCCUAGGCAUUAUUGUGCAACUGCAUUUUGCAUAUAUGCCACGUGUGAUGAUAACAGUAAUAUUUUGAUAUUCUCUAAUAGUAGCAUAAUUUUACCUUUUUAAACCUUUGAUCUGAAUCUUGCAAUAGAGCAGUUUAUUUAUUAGCAUAUAGGAGGCUGGAUUUUAACUCCCCUUUCCUCUUGUCUGUUGUUCUUUCUACAAAUCCCCUUUUGGAGGAGAAAAUCCUUUCUAACUAGUGGAAAGGCUUAUGUGUGUAUGUGAGAGUGCUGUGUGUUGGUCUCUGUAGCUCUCUAAAUAUUAUAGCAACAAGUCUAAACCUAGUAUUUAUUUAGCCUUUACGGCUGGCUUAUUUUAUUUAAUUUAUUAUUAUGACAUGCAAAUGAAGCUGUUCUUUGCAUGAAGAUUUUGUGAAAAGGAGAAAACAGACUUGCUGUUGAAAGACUUUCAGAAGUACGUGUUCUGGAAGGUGAGCACAUUACUUGCAUCAGUGUCCAUGAGUUGGUUUGUGUAUUUCACCUGUUCAAGUGGCCAGUUCUCAAGGCAAAAGAUGCUUGGAUCUCCCAUGGAUUCUCUGAAAGGAGGUGCACGUAUUUGAGGGAGACUGUAGUGCUUGGUGAAGGAGAGCAGUAUCUUUUCUGUGUGUUCGCUUGACAAGACAACAUAGCCUUAUAGCCAUCUUUUAGUAGUUCUGGUUUAAGACGCAGUGAAUUAAUAUAGUUUCAGGUAUCAAAAUAAGACUUUUUUUUAAAGAAAAGAUAUUAAAGGAUUGUUUUUGAAGGACAAACAAUGAAUGUAAAAACAUCACUUGAUGCUCAUAUUUAGCAACAGCAAUCAAUCCAUAGCUUUGUUGCAGCCAACAGUGGGGGCUUGUGAAUAUUCAUCUGCAGGGCUAUGUUCUGGGGUUUUUCAGGGGUAGGGAAAUUGUCGUGCAGUUAUUCAGAUACUGUACUGGUCUUGUCUAAUGCUGUAUAAGAGACAAAUAAUGUAUUGUCUUGGUCUGGAUACUGGAGCCUUUCUGUGACUCUGAUGUUCUCUUUUGGGUUUAGCAGCUUAGGAGAAACUCAAAUGCAUUUGCAACACUUUCUUUAAAUGUUUGUAGUUUUAAAAAGUUUGUAUAUAUAUAACAUAAGUUAUUUGGGAAUCAGACCUACCUUUCUAUUGCAACACAUUUUGGUUGCUUGCUUGAACUGUUGGAGGUGUCUGGCUGUCUGGGGAGCUGGGCAGGGAGAAUGUUUGGUAACUGCGGGUGGAAGGAUGAGGUUGCUGUUUAUGUGCAGUCUGAGAAUCCCUGCUCUGGUACCUGAGGAAAGUUAGGAAUUACUCAUAAGAACCUAGGGUUCUAAGCUGGGCCUCUGUUUAAUCCCUGUGGCUGCUCAUAAACAUUUUCCAUCACCUCACCAUUUCAGUUUACAUGGAAGCUACUCUGUGCAUGUGCUGGGACGGGGGACAAGCAGGCUCAGGGUAUUGUGACACUCCUUCAGCAGUGCACACUCACACUGCACGUGAGCUGUGACACCUCCCAUCUCGUCGUGCUGGACACUCAGGUUGCAGCUCUGCGUCUCAUCCAAGUCAGAGGUGACAGCUCAGGGACUAACCUGAGUGUGCAGAGACACAUCUAACCUCACAGGUGAGAGGGAGUUGGCAAAGGUCAGUCAGCUGCUCAGCUUCAGUAAAUGAUUCUCAAAAAGAAAUAUGCAUGACUUCAUCUUUCCCUACUUGCCCAUGGGUAGGUCAUCAGCCACUUGCAGGAAAGCCUCUGGUAGGGAGCUAUCAUGUGCAUCUUGGGGAUUAUUCUGCCAGGAUCAUGAAGUUCACAAAGUUGAGGCUUGAGUUUAGGUGCAGGGAAGAGCAGAAUGAAGAUAUGACUGAACCCUGCUGUGAAUUGAUGGUAACUCCUUCCACAGUCUUGAUGAGCUGCUUUGGACUGCUGGCGUAUCUGUGCUCGCUGGGGAAUUGUGCUUAAAAUGUUCUGAUCUCUAGAGCUCCUUUGCCUUCAUUCCUGAUCAGUCUCUGAUUCCUCUGCUAAUCUCCUCUUUGUGUGGAGUUGCUUAUGUUUUAAUAGAUUUGUCGGUCUUCAUACUGCCUGAUUUUGAGAUAAAUAGACUAUAGGUGCUCUUUGUGCAUCAGGCUUGAAGACUGUAUCCUAAAAUAGGGAAAUUCUAGGAAAGAGGGGCACUGAGAUAUCCUGUGUCUUCACAAAAAAUUUGGUGAGAGUCAAGCAGAUUCUUUUGUACGUGUGUGUAGCCUGGCAGGUAGUGUGCCACAGCUGUGGCUGUUGUCUCUGUUAGCUCUGCUAUCCUUCUCAGCUCUGUAAAAUCUGUUGGUCCUUCUAUAGCGCCCUUCUUCAGCGACCAACCUUCUAUAAAAGUUGUUAUUAUGGAGCUGCUUUGGGUUGAUUCAGGACCAAGCCUGUUAACUCUUCUUUGUUUUCUCUCUCUUCCUGGUCUGUUAGAGUGGAAAUGGCUGGGAUGGCUUUUGCCACUGGGUGGUGAAAGGGCUCAGUGUGUCCUUCAGAGGUGUGCGUUGGCAGCUGCUGGUGCAAACACGGCUGUCUGCCCUUGUCCUUCAGUCAAACCAGUACUCACCACUUGGGUUGUGCCAGGGGUGCAACGGUGUUGCUUCUGUCCCAGAGACCUCUGUGGUAUGUGUCCUUUCACUCAAUUUGAUGGUCUUCAGGAAAACAGUCCCGUUGCAUGAGGUAACAUUACACAGAGCCGGGUAUCUACUGCUUUGUUCUCCUGUGGCCCAGCAGACUUGCUGGAGCUGUGGGUGCCUGAGGAAUUCACCCCCGAGCACUUAAAAAAACCAAAUUGCUUUGGAAACAAUGUUACUGAAGUGUCUCCUUACAUGCUGCGGUGCUGCAUGUAGAUGCCUGUUCUUCACUUCCACUGCACUGCUGGUGUGCAGUGGAAGUGCACUGCUGGUGUGCCAAGAGCAUCCGAGGAAGGAAAGCAGGCAUGGGAGCAGCUUCACCUGCAGGUGGAAAUGGGCUUCAUCUGCAGUGAACUUGUUCCUUUUGCUUCAUGUACUAGAAACAUGAGAACUAUAUUUUUGGACAAAGAAUUUCUAAGCAGUCUUAUAAGGGAUUUUUUAUUAAAGAAAAAAAAAGGUGCAAGAUUGAGUGCGUGUGUACUUGCCCCCAGAUCAAAGGUUUUGAACGCUAGGGUCUCUCUCUCUUGAAUGGACCCUCCUCUGUCUUUGGGCAAUGGAACUUCCUGCCCUUUUUCUCUUUACCAUUUUACUGUAACUCUGUUUUUUUCCCCUGGGAGAAAUAUCUAUACAAAAACUAUAAGCAAUUAAAUGUUCAAGCCAUAAAAUCACGCGUGUGGGAAGACCCGCUUCACAAGUUUUAACAUUUGUAUGUAAAAUCAUGUUUGUAUGAAAUAUUUUCAUGGUAGAAUGAAUAUUUGAACAAAAAAGAUAGUAAGAUCUAAACCAGAUUUAAAGGGUUGUCUUUUUGUAAGAUGCAAGUAUAAUUGAAUACCAGUAAGUAGUUGUUUGUUUGGUUUUUUUAAGGGGAGAUGCAACAAAUGAUCCUUACAGAUGGUCAUUUCUGCUAUUGGGGGAAGUAUUUAUGCAGCAUUACCUGCAGUUGCCAUAAAAACUUGCAAUAGCAAGGCUAGUCACAUCUUCAAGACGUACGUCUCAGCUUGUCCCUUCAUGAUAUCGUACAAACGACUCAUCCCUCCUUUCUGCAGAUUCCCUUCUAGAAAACUUUUCCUACUGUAGCUGUAACAAAUUUAACUCUGAGCUAAGAUCCAGACUAAAAUUGUGUAUUAGGUAACAGUUUCUGCUGGGCCUUCUACUAUUUUAAUACUCUUUAGCCCAAAAUUACUGGGUGUCUCUGUUCUGAAGAGCUAAGUGCUAAAGAAUAUUCUUUGGGGUAAGCUUAUACAUGUGUUAACAGUUUACCCCAGAGUAUCUAACUUGUAUACAGUACUUGAUAGGUGUUUUAUGACAUUUGUACUCAAACUAUGAGCCUUACUGAACAUCUGUAAGUUUAUUCAUGACUUUUAAAAAACGGAUGACUCUAAGAAAGAUGUUUAUGUGAAUGAUGAUUGCCCUUCCUUUGAUGUUAUGAAUGAGGUUUUUAUAGUGUGUUUGGGUGUAUGUGCAAGGAAGCAAGAAAAGUGUUUCUGGAGAAAAACAGACUUGACAAACAUUUGUAAUAAGUGAAUUUUAAAGAUUGCUUUAAUUGCGCUAUGAAGGCAAUGCAAAAAUAAAAUAUUCAAAAGAAAA